AAUCUACGACAACGUCUUGCUUAAACAGAACUGUGGUUACCCAUCCAGCACUCAAUAAUUCUUUCCCCAGCACCACAUCUAGAACGGACCCCAGCUCUGGCACAUCACGAGUUACAGGCCACAUGAUGCAGGAUAAAGUCACACAGGGAGGUCUGCAGGCCACAGAAACGGAAGUGGAGGAUCCAUUUCCUGCCUGGGCCAUAGUCAUCGUGGUUCUGGUGGCUGUGAUUCUUCUGCUCCUGUUCCUUGGCCUGGUUUUCUUGAUCUGCUACUUGACUCGAACACGCCAUGCACGGACCCCGGAUACUGAGGACAAUGAGCCAGAUGAUGAGGGGGGCCCCAACUCCUACCCGGUCUACCUGAUGGAGCAGCAGACUCUGGGCGGGGGCCAGAUCCCCUUCCCGCGAUGAUCUCUGAGAAGCAUUCACCCCCAGAGCCUCCACACUCUGUCCCUCUCCCGAAUGAGGAAUCACGCUCAAAAUGCUGAUUUGCUGGACUCCGGGAAGAGUAGCCAACAUUGGCACUCCAUUUGCUGUGGUUCUUUGUUGAAACUGGCGGGGAGGUGAGAUGAUUAACAAGAAGAAUGUGAAGUGGGAGGAAAGAGAAGAAAAGGAUGACUCACACCUGUGGGUGUUCUCUUAGAAAGUGAUGGCUGGAGACUCAAGAGGGGCUUGGUGGACAUGUCGGGUGAAGAGCAAUCCAGGACACUGAGACUUGGGAUGGGCGUGGCCCAGGGAGCUAAAAGCAAGGCUCUGCCCUUGCUGACUUGUG